AUGUUUGCGCCUCCCGCUUCCCACCUCGGCAGCCGCCGAGCCUCUGCAACAGAGCCCCACCAUCCUCAUCAUCCGCAGUAUUCAGCGUACGAUUCUUCACAUUCGCCUAUGAUGCCGAACCCGCACCUUCAGCGCAGCAACUCCUUCUCCUGGAACCCCGACCUUGGCAUGCCACCACCGCCAAGCGAGAUCGACGCCCUUGGAGACUCCCUCAAUCAUGCUCUCGUCCCACUUUCUCGGCCAGCUUCUCGGUCGCAGUCGAUAUCACCUACAUCUCGAAUCCCAUCACACCACGGUGCCGAGGUGGAGGGUCUUGAGGAAUCUACAGAGCGGCGAGACCGCACGCAGGACCACAUGAACAUGGUGACAAAGCAUCCCAAGGUCAAGAUCGAUGUGAUCCUCUCCAGCAACGUCUUUGAAGCCGGCGGAGCCAUCACCGGCAAGGUGGAGCUGACCUGCACAACGGGGCAGCGGCUUCGUCUAGGGCACAUCGCCGUCGAGCUGGAGGCAGUGGAGCAGCUCACCUCGCGCGAUCAUGCAGCCACUCAGCUUUUCCUUUACAAUCGCACCCUUUUUCAAGGCGAGAAGCUGCCCCCUUCCAAUGCGGUCCUGCCAGCUGCACCCGUCAACGGCUACUGGACCGCUCGCAAAGGUCGCACCUCCUUCCCUUUCAGCUUCCGCCUACCUUCCUCGGCCCCAUCCUGCGUCAAGUUCGCCGGCAACGCAUCGCUCCGAUAUGGCCUCAAAGCCACCGUUCAGACAUGGUACAACGAAGACAAGAUGGUCGUCACCGCUCGUCGGGAGGCGUUCGUCCUCGAAAAGUGGGCAGAUCAGCUCCAUCCCAGGUUCCGUGAGCCGGCCGAGGCCGUUGCGGACACGCGCCUCUUCAUGGGCGGCAACGGCGCUGUCUGGCUCGAAGCGGGCGUGUCAGAGCAGCUCUUUUGGGGCGGCGGUCAAAUGCUCAUCCGUUGUGGCAUCAAGAACAGCACCAAACGCCAUCUCAGUGGGAUCAAAGUUUCACUCGCACGACGGCUCAUCUUCCCCGUCGGCAGCGCGGAAGGCUUCCACGACAGCCCAGACAAGCUCUCGCUCGAACCACGCAUCACCGAGAUCGUCCAUGAGCGGACCUUCAAGGGUCGCGAGUAUGAGUUCGAUCCGAAUGCCGAGUCGGUCUGCACAGUCGCUGUCGAUGUCCCGAAGGAUCUUCGAACCAUUCGCAAGACGAGACUCUUCGAAGUGCGGAUUUUUGCUUUCGUCAGUCUCUUGCUCGGCUCUUUUGCCAAGGAUCUGACCAUCGAGAUCCCCGUCUACGUUGCUCACACGGCGAGCGGUCAACCACCGGCUCAGCAGGGUCUCGAUAGUCUCCACGCUGGACCUCCAUCGCACUCGGUGCCUCAACGGCCAAGCUCCUCGAUGGGUCACGGUCAUGUGGCUCCGCUCCAACAACACCAGCACCACCAGCAUAAUCAGCAUCAUGGACAGCACGCUCAUCCUUCUCACCAUGGCAACCAACGACAGGGACUAGCGACAAACAUGGCGGUGGGCAUGGUUGAGGUGCAACGUCUGGCCGCGGAGCGAGGUUGGUCUCCUGCCCCAGUCCUGCCCGGUUCUGGCCAUCUCUCCGAUGCCGCAAGACCUGCCAGCACUGCGCCAGGUAUGAUCCAGCUUCCUUCGCAGGCUCAACCUUUCAUGAUGAGCCCUGACGGCCAUCUUCAGUGGAACCCAGCGGAAAGCAGCUGGAAUGCGAGCCGUCUUGUAUCGCCGCCAGCUGCCACAGGUCACUCCAUCCAGCGAUCCGUCAGCGCUGCGCCGGACGUCGUUCAGAACGUGGCACCUCCGCAGCCCUUUGCGGCGAUCAUGGAUCCUACGGCCCAGUGGGCUGCGUCACAGCGCGCGAUGUCGGCCUCUCCGGGUCCGAUCGCCUUUACACCGCACGACAACUUUGUUCCUGCAGCUGCUGCUCCACCUCAAACGCACGGCGUGCCCUUCCCGCAAGGCCCGCCGGCGCCUUCGAACGACCGUCGAGCGUCUCUGCCUGCCGCAGGUCCGUACGGCGGUGCCUUACCUCAGCAAGCAGCCUAUCAACAUGCGCCGCAAGAGGUACUGCCACCCAUGCCGGAGCCGCAGAGCAUCACCUACUCCAGCCGAAACGCACAGCAAUACUCUGCUCCGCCCCUUCAGCCUCCCAUGCCUCCUUUCGCUGGCGGUGGUGGCGCGCCCUCGAUCACAGGUCUUGCGACGAUCGAAGAGGAUAGUGAGUCCCAGGCUGGAACGAUAAAAACGCUCGCCAAGCUGCCUACCAUCGGCAAGACUGGUAAGGGCGGCAAAGGCAACAGCGUCUCUCGCAACAACAUCGAGCAGUUUGAAGCCAUGGCCGAAGCCGAGGAAGACGAGGAGGAAGUCAAGAGGCAGAUGAUUGCCAUGGGCAUGCAGCCAGAUGAAGAUGCAUUUGCCUCCAAGGAGCAGGAUCGAUCUUCCGACGCACGGGCUGAAGCAUCAGAUUCGACACCUAAAGCCUCGACGAGUCGCCGAGCAGACGGGACGCAGGCUUCUUCGAGCGGCACAUACAGGCUCAAGGCCAGCGACAUCUUCCAACAUGCAGGAUCGGCGGAUGUGCCGUCGAGCCAAGCAGCCGAGCCAGCACGCGAUCUUGCUGAACCGACGACAGCGGAGCUUGGUCACUCGCACGACUCUUACGACAGCAUGCAAAGCAACCAGGCGCGCGAGAGACGCAGCUCCACAGCUAGCUCUGUGGUGUCGCUCAGACGCUCGUCAUCGUCCCAAGGCAUCGGUCUGCAAGCGCUCGAGUCGAACCUCGUGCGUACCACCACGCCCAAGAUCUGCACGAACUCGCGACCUCUCGUGACCAUGGCCAACGUCGCUCGUGCUGAGAGCGUUCCCAGCCCCCUCGCAGCUGCACCUGCCGUGUUCGACGACUCGACAAGAUCGCGCAAGAACAGUGCGCUGCGUGCUGCCGCCCUUGCGCGCGAAGAAGCCGAGCGCAAGAGCGCCGAAGAGCAAGCUCGCGCGGCUGAAGAGCGGGCGAGGCAAGUGCAGGCCGAACAGGCCAGGCAAGCCGCGGCUGCCGAGGAGGAGGCGGCGCGAAAGCAGGCGGCCAGGAUUCGGGCUGAAGAACAGCAGAGGCUGGAGCGCGAGAGGAUCGCCGAGCAUGCUCGCCGUCAACGCGAGCUUCGUGAACAGGAAGAGGAACAGCGACUCAAGGCGGAGGCGGAGCGAGUUGCGAGGGAAGAGGAGGCGAAGCGACAGGAGCGCGAGGAGAUGGAGCGUCAGGAGCGCCAGGCUGCCGAGGCUGCACGGGCUCGAGCUGUGGCUGACGACACGAAGGAGCUUCGCCGGCUGGCGUACUCCGCGAGCGAUCGGAUGGAGAGGAUCAAAGCGGCGAUUGCGAAUGCGCCCAAGUCGGUGGCGCCUUCGGUACCAUCCAAGAUGACAGCGCCGGUCUUAGCCGCGCCCAGCCGGACGAGCGACCAGGAUCGCGUUGUGCUGAAGCAGCAAGCGGUUCAGCGAGUGGAUGGCUGGCUGUCGAACCCUACCAGUCCUAACACGUCGCACAUGAAUACGCCAGGCACGCCAAGCGCUUCGGUGCUGUCGGUGAUGCGAAAGGAGGAGCCAUCUGCGUCGGCUGCCGGUGCCGGUGAAGGUCGAUCGUCAUACGCCUACAGCUCGCCUUCGCAGGUGAUCGACCCCAUGUGGGAGGCCAAGCCUCCUCGCUCCGAGAAGGUUGAAGUCGCCAUGCCAAAGUCGCACACCAUGGCGGAUCUCGCUUCGUCCAAAGCUUCAGCUGCCGUAGCUCCAGCUCGCAAUUCCAUCGACGAGCCGAUCCCCCAGCUCUCUGCCGAGCUGAGAGCACUGGUCGACGGCUCUGAUAUCAGACCGGCGCGCAAGUCGGGCACAGCACUGAAGGAGCACCCCAUCAGUCGCCGUCUGUCCGGCCUCGGAUCGACGAACAAAGCGAGCGCCGUUGUGGUGCCCGGUCCCUCCUUUACGCAUGUGUCCUCGCAGGCAAGUCGCGAGCGCCAUACUUCGAUGCCUUCGUGGCCUCGUCCUGGAUUGCCCGCCGGCAGCAACGCGUCCGCAGUGCCCUUUGUGACCGCGACUCCCAGCGAAUCCAGCAGCAGCCGGGGCACGGAACGCCGCGCGUCACGCAACCACGAGACACUCGAGGUAGGCAUCCCCACCCGCGUGGAGAAGACGCUCAUGGCGCCCAACUUCGACUCUCAGCGAAACAAAGACGAGCACAGCUACGACAUUCGAUCUGCUCGUGGUGGUCGAGGCGGACGCGUCACAUCUGUAGCGCAAUUGUGGUCCAAGAUCGCGGGAGACGAUGACGAUGCAGCAAGCGAUGUGAGCCGCAACUCUCUCGCGGCACCUUCGGCAGAUGGAGAGCCUCGCUCAGCUUCGCCGUCGAACACAUCGACUUUCAGACCCAAGCCACGACGAUCCUCGUCGGCAAGCAACAGUGCACCUGCGCUCGACUUUAGCAAGAAGGCCAUGUCGUCGCCGACAACCUCGACAGGUGUCACUGCGAUCGCUGCGACCUUCGCCGGCGAGGUCGACUCGAACAAGCCGGAAUCGCUAAAGAGCUUCACUGCGCCUCAGUUCCUCAACACGAGCGUGCCCAAGGCGGUCUUUUCCGCAUCCACCGACGCAGCCUCCAAGCCGGAGAAACGACCUUUGCCCAAGCCCGUAUUGCAACCGGGCGCGGUUCCUGCGCCGCAACUCGUGCGCCCAACGGCGAUGCGAGCCCAAAAGCCCGAACGCACCUCAUCGCGCCGGAUCAGCACCCAACUCCUCUCGACGUUUGAAAAGGACAAGGUGGCCCAGAGAGAGAUGUCGGUCGAGGAGAUGAUGAGCAAGGUGAGCGUCGACUCGACGAUAUUGGGCGCGCUCAACUACGAUGGCUCGCACGACGUGUCGACGUGGAGAUGCAAUAAUGGGACCGAGAUCAAGAUGAGCGGUAGGGGCACGACCAAGGCGAUUGGCGAGAACAAGUUGAAGAGUCUGCGGGCGGUUUGGGGCAGCUGA